AUGGCUGAAGAGCAACCUCGUCGAGUGACCUUGGAAGAUUACUCAAGUACUUUCGUGCCACAAUAUUUCUUAAGUGUUGCACGGCCAGAGGUUCAGGCACAAAACUUAACUUACCCACCUUCAUUGAUACAGCUAAUACAGUGCAAUUUGUUUCAUGGUUUACCAAAUGAAGAUCCAUACUCACACUUGGCAACGUAUAUUGAGAUUUGUAAUACUGUCAAGCUUGCUGGUGUACCUGAAGAUGCUAUAAGGCUUAGCCUGUUUUCAUUUUCUUUAUCUGGGGGGGCCAAGAGAUGGCUACAUUCAUUCAAGGGCAAUAGUUUAAAGACCUGGGAUGAAUUUCCCGAUGAAUCUUUGAGUGAAGAAUUAGAAAGAUUCCAUAGCUUGCUGCGGAAAACCCCCACUCAUGGUUUUUCAGAGCCUAUACAGCUCAACAUUUUCAUUGAUGGGUUACGGUCGCAGUCAGAGCAGUUACUCGAUGCUUAUGCAGGAGGAAAAAUUAAGUUGAAGACACCUGGAGCAGCUAUGGACUUAAUUGAAAAUAUGGCUGCCAGUGACCACACAAUUUUGCAUGAUAGAGUUACAAGUUGCACACUUUUUGAUGGAGCUCAUGGGUCAGGCUUGUAUAUUCCCACUGAAGAAACAUCUCAUGAAGUUAAUUACAUGGGAAACCAGCCUAGACAAAAUUUUAAUGCAGGUGGAUUUUCUGGAUUGCAACAUGGACAACCUUACCAGCAGCAUAAUCAAUGGAGAACUCACCCUGGUAAUCAGUUCAAUAAAGACCAGGGUGGACUACCUAACAGGCUACAACAACAAGGGCCGAGCUUAUCUGAGAGAACAACAAAGUUGGAAGAAACUCUUGCUCAAUUUAUGCAGGUUUCAUUGACUAAUCAUAAAAGCACAGAGUCAGCCAUAAAAAAUCUAGAGGUUCAGGUAGGGCAGUUAUCCAAACAACUUGCAGAAAAAUCUUCUAGUACUUUUGGAGCCAACACUGAGCAGAAUCCAAAAGAAGAAUGCAAGGCUGUGAUGACCCGAGGAAGGAAGGUAGCCAUGGAGGAGGAGGAGAAGAAGAAAAAAAUGGUGGAGGAUGACAAACAACAACUGGCAAUUGAAUCAGCACCUGAACCCGUGCAACCCUUUUGUGAACUUAUAGAGAAAGAAGAAGAAGAGGAGGAUGAACAGAUGAGAGAGACACCAAUAAUUUUGAAAAGACAUCUUGCCAGAUUUCUGGAUAUUUUCAAGAAGCUAGAAAUUACCAUGCCCUUUGGAGAAGCACUGCAGCAUAUGCCGCUCUAUGCUAAAUUUCUGAAAGACAUGCUAACUAGGAAGAACAAGUACAUCCAUAGUAACAACAUCAUUGUGGAAGGAAACUACAGUUCCGUAAUUCAACAAAUCCUUCCACCAAAACAUAAAGAUCCAGGCAGCGUCACUAUACCUCGUUCUAUAGGUGAAGUUUCUAUUGGCAAGACUCUUAUUGACUUGGGGGCCAAUAUUAAUUUGAUGCCGCUUUCCAUGUGUUGGAGACUUGGAGAGUUGGAGAUAAUGCCUACUAGGAUGACUUUGCAGUUAGCAGAUCGCUCCAUCACCAAACCUUAUGGAGUGAUUGAGGAUGUUCUAGUUCGGGUCAAGCAUCUUAUCUUUCCUGCUGACUUCGUUGUAAUGUACAUUGAGGAAGAUGCAGAUAUUCCUUUAAUUUUGGGACGUCCAUUUAUGUCUACUGCAAGAUGUGUAGUGGACAUGGGGAAGAAAAAGUUAGAAAUGGGUUUUGAAGACCAACAGAUCAGCUUUGAUCUAUUUAAUGAAGAAAGAAAAUUGUUGGACCAUAAUGUUUGUUUAUAG